GCUGCGAUCUAGCGCUCGGUGUCCCUCCGCUGGACUGCCGGCGACAUGGGCUGCGGGCUGCGCAAGCUGGAGGAGCCUGAGGACAGCAGUCCGGGGAAGAUCUACUCGACCUUGAAGAGAGCGCAGGUGGAGAGCAGGAGCGGCGGCGGCGCGCACGAGUACGUGCUUCUGGACUUCAGCUUAGAAGGCAGUCGCCCCACAGUGCAGAGUCUGGCCUCACUCUGUGAUCUGCCCCAGGCUCUACAGCCCUAUUACACCCAGGGCUACAUGUUGGCUGCCCUUCAUCCAGUUAUUCUUUCUGUUGGUCGGACCCGGGGCCUGGCCUGCAGCCUGCUCUACCGGGCCAUCCUGACCCGCCCACGGUCCAGGACAUCCAUGAUGCCCCUGUGCCACAGUGUCCCUGUGCUGAGGGUGGAGGAAUGGCCCCUUCCAGGGGACUCUCUCACCAACAGUACUGUGCGAGCCCUUAUUGACAAGCUCAACAGAUGUGCUCAAGGUGGUUGGAGGUUUGUGGGCUCAGUUCUCCAGCAGGCGGGUGACGGGUCCCAUGCCUGCAGUGGAUACAUGCCCCCAGCUCAGGCCCCCUCUGAAUACAGAGACCGGGAGAAAACCAGCUACAGCCGUGACCUGAGACUACUGGUCCUGUUCCAUUCUUGGGCCCCGUGUUGUCCCCCUCUGGACCCCGCGUUCUACUGCUACCACCAUGGGGCACUGUCCAUGAGAGUCUCACGAAAGGGCCACGUCCUCAGUGCGCUGGAGGCCGAUUGGCUGGAAAUGACCGCCAUGUACUACAGAAAGGGCUGGUCGCUGGUGGACUCGUUUGUGUACUGGGACACUCCGAAAGGAGAGCCUGUUCCCCGGUCUCUCGAGGGCCUGUUUGUAUAUGAAGAGUGCAGCACUGCUCCCCCAUCAAACGACGCCGUUGUCGUGGAGCAAUGGACUGUGGUCGAGGGGUCCAACGUGAAGACAGACUAUGGGCCACUCCUGUAUACCCUAGCUGAGUUUGGUUGGCUGCUCACCUGCGUACUGCCCACACCCAUUAUCCGCCACGACAGUGAGGGUAAUCUGGCCACAAAGCAGGUUUUGUUCCUGCAAAGGCCCAUCUCCACGCAAGCAGUGGUGCCUCAGCAGAAGCAGUCCUGCCGGAAAAUGAUUUCGAGCAGCACUGGGGUUCGAGUGCACGCUGACGAGAUGGCCCUGUGCACAGGAAGGGUUCAGGAGACUUCUGCCUUCGAAGAGGACUACUCCAGCACCCUGUCCCAGCUGGAGAACAGCUGUUUUGAGCAGGAUGACAGUGCAAGCGAGGUCACCUGCAUGUGAUGGAUUGCAUAGAUUGUCCUUCAA